AUGGAUUCAUUUGCGCGGCGCAAACAAUCCGAGUCAGGCCCCAGACCACACAUUGCGAUUGUCGGCGCCGGCCUCGCUGGUUUGCGUUGUGCCGAUAUUCUCAUCCAAUAUGGCCUGCUGGUAACCAUCAUCGAAGGCCGGACGCGCCUCGGCGGACGCGUGGUCCAGGAUAAACUUCCCAAUGGAUAUACCGUUGACCUGGGCCCGAACUGGAUACACGGCACCGACGACAACCCCAUACUUGACCUGGCCAAAGAGACAGAUACCGCCGUCGGCAGCUGGGAUCACCGGACUUACAUGGUCGACGAGGAUGGAAUCUUGCUUGACCCUGCGGAUAGCGAACACUACUCCAGCAUCAUGUGGGGCAUUAUCCAGGACGCUUUUCAACACUCAAACAAGAACACUGCCAGCAUUCAUCCCGACGAGAGCCUCUGGGACUUUUUCCAGGAAAGGCUGGUUGAGAAGAUACCCGAAACGGAAGAGGACUACGCCAAGAAACGCUCCAUUGUUCUUCAAGUUGCUGAAUCUUGGGGCGCGUUCAUUGGAACUCCGGUUCAGACCCAAAGCCUGAAGUUCUUUUGGUUGGAAGAGUGCAUAGACGGCGAAAACCUCUUUUGCGCCGGCACCUACGAGAAGAUCCUCGAACGGGUCGCGGAGCCGGUAAGACACAACGCGGACAUCAUGUACGAUGCCCGCGUCACCAAAGUAGAGCUCAAGACGCCGGACCGCCUGAAACCAAGGGUUCACACCGAUACCGGCCACGUACUCGAGUUUGACGAAGUUGUCAUGACUGCCCCUCUUGGGUGGCUGAAGAAGAACCUGCAGGCAUUCGAUCCGCCCCUACCUGAGCGGGUUGAGCGCGGUAUCAAGGCCAUCGGGUACGGAUGUCUCGAAAAGGUUUACAUUACUUUCCCCAAGGCGUUCUGGCUCGCUUCCGACGACGCCGACGGCCCAAGGGUGCAGGGCUUUUGCCAGUGGCUGGCCCCUACGUACUCUGCCAAAUUGAACCCGAAGCGGUGGAACCAGGAGAUUGUCGAGCUCGCGUCGCUGGGCCCGGACUCGCACCCGACACUGCUAUUCUACAUUUUCGGAGACGAGUCCAAAUACAUUACGGAGGAAGUGGCGAAGCUGAAGACGAUACCCGAGAGAAACUAUUUCCUUUACGAUUUUUUCAGGCCGUACUACUCCCGGAUGCCGGGCUACGACGAGAGGUCGCCCGACUGCAGGCCCACGGGAUGCUUGGCGACGGACUGGCUGCGCGACGAUCUCGCAGGCAACGGCAGCUACAGUAACUUUCAGGUGGGACUGGAGGAGGGCGAUAAGGACGUCGAGGCGAUGCGUGAGGGCGUGCCGGAGGGCGGGCUGUGGCUGGCCGGCGAGCACACGGCGCCGUUCGUCGCAUUGGGCACGGCGACGGGUGCGUAUUGGAGCGGUGAGAGUGUCGGUCGGAGGGUGGCUGAAGCCUACGGGAGGACUGGUAGCAGCGCGGAUCAAGAGUAG